UGAGACUAAACUCGUUCCUCAAAACCCUACGCUCUGCAGAGGAGUUUACAGUGCAAUUGUAUUCAUUCUUCCUAUUUUCAUUCGCUCAAAUAUAGACUUCGAUGGCGGAAGCCAAGGAGAAAUUGACUUUGGUGGCCCGAAAAGCAUGUUUCGGACUGCCCACUGCGUGCCCGAAUUGCUUGCCCGUUUAUAUUUACCUCAGGUUCUGCCAACGCCCCUUCGAUUUGGCUUUCAAUCUCAUUCACCCCGAUUCUGAUCAAAUACCUUAUGUUGAGUCUGGAACUUAUGUGGCCUAUAACAAUGAGAAGGGUGGAGUUAUUCAGAGUUUAAAGGAUGAUGGGAUGAUUGAUGAUUUAGACUCUGCAGUCCGCAACACUCCAGAAUGGGCAUCAACAAAGGCUAUGGCUGAGUCAUGGCUUGCUGAUGCUCUCUUGUAUGAACUCUGGUUAGGAUCUGAUGCGAGUUCUGUGCAAAUCUAUUAUUCUGAUCUCCCUUGGCCAAUAGGAAAACUUAUGUACUUUAAGCAAGUUCAUGUUACAAAACAACGACUUGGGAUAACAAAGGAAAAUGCUGAUAAAAGAGAAGAGGAAAUUUACAGGAAAGCUUCCUCUGCUUAUGAAGCGUUGUCAACUAUGCUAGGAGACCAAUCCUUUUUCUUUGAAAGCAGGCCAACAAGUUUAGAUGCUGCUUUUCUUGGACAUGCCCUCCUUACACUAUUUGCCUUACCCGAUACUUCAGUUCUGAGAAGCAAACUCUUGGAGCAUGACAAUCUUGUAAGAUAUACAGAGAAUUUAAAAAUACAGUUCAUAGAUGCAACUGAGUUGCCUUCUCUCUCUCAAUCACAUACAGACCCCUCUUCAUCAACAACAAGACGUACCUCAAACUGGAGCUCAAAACCUAAAACCAAACCUCAAAAGAAAAGGACCGAGGAAGAGAAGAAGUUCCGAAGAAGGGCCAAGUACUUUCUGGUUACACAGCUCGUUGCAGUUCUAGUAUUCCUUUCUCUCCUGGGAGGAUCAGAUGAUGGCGAGGUGGAACUCGACGACGAUGAUGAUGGCAUGGAUUAUGAUUGAACAAGGAUACUUUCUUAACAUCUUUUCUCAUUGCCAGCUUUUGAGCAUAGCUUUCCUCUUCUCCUUGAGAUUUGAUGGAAAUUUUGGAGAUCUGAUGUGUAAAAUUUGUAUACUUCAUGACAGAUCAACUAACACUUUAGACAAAUUGGAGUUGUUUUUUUUUACCCAACCUGGAAAAUAAGGAACCAUAAAUUUUUGCUCUGCAAAAUACAUUUCAUUUCCCAUUGGAAGAACAAUUAUUUAUUUAUUUGUUUGGUUACUUGUUC